ACACUUCGGGCACUAUUCCUGGAGGUUUUGAUGCUUCCGGAAUUAUCCAAGGGAUUGAUGAUGGUGGUUAUGAAUUUGAAAAAGUUUUCCCUUCUUUGAUGAUUAGGGAGUUGUGGGAAGAAAAAGAAGAAAGUGCUAAAAAAAUGAAUUCUUCCGAAGAAGAUUUGGAACAAAAGCGAAAGGAGAUUACCAAAACAAAUCAGGAAUUGUCCACCACAAGAAACGAACUCUCUGACCUACAGAAUAAAUUUAGUAAUCUCCGACUGGAAAAAGAUGAGAAGGUUAAGAGAUUAAGUUCACUGGAAGAAAGUUUAAAAAAAGAAAGAGAAGACGUGGAGAAAAAGAAGCAAGGAUUAAUUAAUUCCGAAGAGAAAAUAAAACAAUUACAAAACCAACUUGAUGAUUUUCGAAAGGAAAACCUAAAAAUGAAAAAUGAAAAAAAACUUCAUCAAUUAGCUGAAGAACUACAAGAAAUGCUUGGUCAGGGAUUAAAAGACAACAUUCAAACCAAAUUAGAAGUCAAGAAGAAAGAGCAAGAGCAAUUGAAGUUUGCAGUUGAGAGAGAAUUAGGAAAUCAAAUUUAUCUGCUAGAUAAUCUUUUAGAAAAACAAGAAAAUUUUGAUUUAGCAGUUUUUGAGGAUGUUAGCCAAAGAAGUAAAACUUUUGUUCGGGCACAGGAUAAAUUACAAGAAGCCAAAGAUAAAUUAGUUGCUAAACUUAGUCCAGAGGAGAUUGAAGAAUUUUGUCAAAUCCAGACCGAAAUAAGCAAGUUGGAAAUUCAAGAAAAACAGUGA